CAAGCUUUUUGUGCGUUUGCAAGCCUGAUUGCAUUUGCUUAUGGCAGCUAUGGCUGCCAUGGAUGGUGAAUGCAUCCCGUUUGCUAGGGCUCAGGAUAGUGCGACCGCUGCUCCCCUAGCUGUGAUUGCAUUUGUCCAGACCUGGUUUGGCCCAUCGCAAAUGGCUGUCAGACAGCUCCUGACUGCAGGGCCAGCAAAUGGUGUUGAAGUUUUCUUUGUGGAUGCUGACCAAGAGGCCCACAAGGCGCAUCAAUUGGGAUUGUGGGCUUCACCAGCCUUCCUCUUCUAUGCGAGGGGAUGCCAGCUGAUGAUCCAAAGACCUGAGACCGACGAUGCGACAAAGUACGUGGGGUCAAUUUCUACAGAAGAGCUCGACUCCCUCCUUCACCAGGCCAGGGAAUGCUUGGCCACAAAUGCAAUAGUCUUGCGGGCGGGUCCGCACCUGUGAAUUGCAUUUGGGAACAGCAGGAAGGGUGUGGUGCUCCGGAAAUCUCACAGACUGACGCACCACGCGGUUUUGGGAAGUCUAGAAGAGCUGUGUUUAACAGUAUUCAUUGAUCCAGCUACAAGAAGCGCUUUGCCGAACGCUUUUGAAAUAUGACUCUUUGCUGGAUGUGUCUUGCAACGUUGGCUUCAUGCUUUCAAGUUUGGUCAAGAAACACCCUGCAGCGAAGCAUUACGGCACCGACAUCAGCAGGA